AUGACCGGUUCGCAUUUGAAUAGAAGCAUUUCCAUCAACAGAAGAUCCCAUUCUCAAUCUCAACAGUCUCUUGGAAGUCCCAAACCCGUUUCCUCAACCCGUUUCGGAUGUGUUUCUUUGGGUCUCAGGUUUCAAGUUCUUGUUAUCAUUGCUUCUGUUAUUUCCUUCUUUAUAGCAAUUGGUGGUGGUUACAUCUAUGUUCUACCUAGUCUCACGCAUGCUUUUUUUCAUACACAAGGUUUCUUUUCUGAUCAGAAUAAUAAUAAUAAUAAUGAUACUGAAUCUUUGUUUACAAAAUGUGAUGUUUUUGAUGGAACAUGGGUUCAGGUUUCUUCUGGUUACCCUUUGUAUAAUGCAACUGAGUGUCCUUUUGUUGAACAAGGGUUUGAUUGUUUAGGGAAUGGAAGGAGUGAUUUGGAUUUUCUUACGUGGAGGUGGAAGCCUAAGGGUUGUGACAUUCCGGAUUUUGAUGUUGCUGCUGUUUUGGAAAUGUUGAGGAGUAAAAGGGUUGUUUUUGUUGGUGAUUCUAUGAGUAGGACUCAAUGGGAGUCUUUGAUUUGUAUGUUGAUGACUGGUGUGGAGGAUAAGAUGAAUGUUUAUGAAGUCAAUCAGAAUCAGAUUACAAAGAGGAUUAGGUUUUUAGGAGUUAGGUUUAGUGAUUUCAAUUUUACGAUCGAGUUUUUUCGAUCAGUUUACUUGGUGCAGCAGGGUCAGGUUCCUCGCCAUGCACCAAAGAGGGUUAAAUCGACGCUUUUAUUGGAUAAGUUAGAUGAUAUAAGUCAUCAAUGGAUAAAUUCGGAUAUUCUUAUAUUCAAUACUGGUCACUGGUGGGUUCCGUCUAAGCUUUUCCACAUGGGUUGUUAUUUCCAGGUUGGAAGCUCUCUGAAGCUUGGGAUGUCGAUUCCUUCCGCCUAUAGAAUAGCACUCGAAACUUGGACUUCUUGGAUUGAGAGAGAGAUUGAUAAAAAUAGAACACGCGUCUUUUUUAGGACUUUUGAGCCAUCUCACUGGAGUGAUCAGACCCGUAGGACGUGCAAUGUAACCCAGUACCCGACAUUUGAAACUAAUGCAACUGACCAAAACUCGUUUUCAGACACGGUUAUGGAAGUUGUAAAGAAUGUUGAUUUUCCUAUAAACAUUCUUCAUGUUACUUCUAUGUCGGCUCCCCGCAGUGAUGCACAUGUUGGUAACUGGAAUGAUAAUCCAUUAAGUCAGGAUUGCAGCCAUUGGUGUCUACCUGGAGUUCCUGAUAUGUGGAAUGAAAUUAUCCUGUCCCAAAUUUUUCCCGAAUAUGAUAUCCCUCUUUGGGCAAAUGGAACUGCACAAUUAGAUGACUAA